GUUUCUAGUACUUGCGAAAACUCAAAAACUCCAGCGUAUUUCUCCGGCCGUCGGCAUAUCCGCCGCCGUAGCAUCGAGCUCGGGAAUCUCAGUACGUAGAUUUCGCAUAAGUUUUCAGGUUUCUGAGAUGUCGUCGGACGCUGUGGUAACGUCAGAGGCAACUUCUGGAUCUUCGAAUUUCAACUCUAACUCCCGCAUAAUCUGCCGUGUAUGUGAAAAGCAAUUUUCUCAGUAUACAUGUCCACGGUGCAAUAUUCGUUAUUGUUCUCUGCCUUGUUACAAGUCGCAUAGUCUACGCUGUACUGAGUCUUUUAUGAGAGAGAAUGUAAUGGGAGGACUGCAACAAAUGAAACCUGACGAGGAAAGCAAAGCUAGAAUGUUGGAUAUACUUAAGCGACUCCAUGAGGAAGAAGAGACAGAUGGCUUCCAUGAAGAAGAGUUAAAUCCAUCCUCCUUGUCAGAAGAGACCAUUCAGAAGAUUAUUUCUGGUGGUACGCUAAGUUUAAAUGAUCUCUCUCUCGACGAAAGGAAACGCUUUGAGAGGGCUAUUGCCUCGGGAGAGCUCAGUAAAUUGAUUGAACCAUGGGAGCCAUGGUGGUCAAGGCCUUCUGCCCAGUACAUAUCGCUUAGUUCAAAUGGAACACAACUAGUUCAACCGAUCAUGAAAGAGGAAUCGGGGGAGCAUGAUAACGAGGAAGGCAGCGAUGAACUGGAGGAUUUCCCACCAGGACCCGAGACUCCUCUCCCAUCAGUCAGUAAACUGACUGCAUCUGAACCUUCACCCCUGUUAGCUAUCCACCUCAUCGACAUCAUAUAUUCGUAUUGCUUCACCCUCCGUCUCUACAACGGAGACUGGAAAGCAGAUCCCCUGGAAUCAGCAACAGUGGUGCUGAGCGUAUCUUCUGUUUUGGAUCAAAGCAAGCAACCCGAAACCGUAUCUGAAGUGUUAUCUCAUUGCCUGGAAAAAACAUGCUCCACAGCAUACAAGCACAUGGGGGGCUUACAAUUUGGGCUGAGGCUUAUAGACGAUGUGAUUCAUCUCCUUCAUCUCGGACGCAAUGCUUUAAUCUGCUUACUAUGCGAUAUGCAGAGGCUAAUCCAGGCUGCGGAGAGAGAGCUCAAGUCGGAGAAACUGCUCAAAACGAGGAAGGCCGAACUGAAGGCCAAGCUCAAGUCUGCUGACAGGAAGAUCUACUUCAUCACGUGUUGGGUGAACGAGCAGCCAUCGGAAGCAUGGACUUCAUUGACAGCCCUACUGAACACGGAGAAGUCGUCUGCCAUGGAAUACGCGCAGAGCAAGAGAAGUGCUCCAAGAAUGGAGGAGAUCACAGAAAGAGGAGGUAGGCCUUUCAUUAAGGAGGUCCUCUGAGCUGUUUCUCUCUUUAAAUGAAUAUUUACACCACUAUAUUGUAUGGAAUUAAUUUACUAGUAUUAGACUAAGUUAACCCUGAUCACAUUAAUUUAAUCUUGAUUAUAAGAAUAUAUUAGGAAUCUUAAUUUUA